AUUUUCAUUUCUUAUCUAAACACACUUGAGGAUAGGUGAAGUUCCCAGCUGCAAUUGCAACACAAAAAGAGAUCUUGUGGAUAUUACUAAAAAAUAAAGUGCAUUUCGAGGAGAGUUUAAAGUUGAUUGUCGUGUGAUCGCAAAUUAGUUUUUUGUUUGGGUGCUCAAUACGCCAGAUUUAUCCGUAACAAAUCGGGAAAAAAGAACUUCUGGCAAAUUGUGCUUUUUUUGUUUUCUUCUUAUUUUUCUGACGGGAUCCUCCUUCGAGAUGAAGAUUCAGUGCUUCGCCCUCAGCUUGAGCGUCUUGCUCCUGUCCGUGGCGGCGCGUGGUGACAAUGAACUCGACCCAGAGUCUAGGAAGAAUAGUCGCGUGGGCGAACCAACGAUGCUCAAUUCCCUGAUCACAGCCCAGGACCUCCUGGCCAAGUCAAAGCAUCUCACGGCUCCUACUCGUCCUCCGCCCGGAACCAGCCUCAGCCAGUACGCGCCCCAGAACACUCACGGCUUCUACUACUCACCCUACGCCACAUCAUCACCCCUUGGAUCUGGCUACUUGCUCUCCAUGCCUGCCCAGCACAACAGCGUCCUGGCCACACACUCACCUCUGGGAAUGAACUACGGCCUUCAGUAUGUGCAGCUGGUACCUAGACCCAUGGUCCUGCCAUACAACCCUUACUCCCAGUACUCCUCAAUGCCUCAGCCACAGCCCUACCUCAGUCACUCUCAGACCCAGCAGACCUCUGCCUCAAACCAUCACCACCAGACCCAGUCUUCACCACAGUUCCUAAACUCUGUACCACCAACUCAGCAGACAGCCGCUUCCAUGACCAUCGCCAGCCCUGUGAACCAUCACUACGUCCCAUACAGCCCACCUCUGCAGACCCAACAGCAGCCCGUGGCCAGUUACUCUAGCCCCAUGGUCUCGUACUUCUCUCCCCCGCCAGCAGCUCGAUUCCACUACGCGGCCCAUCCACAAGAGAUGACCCUCAACACAAACGAGUACAUGCCAGGGCAGCUGGAGAAUGGCUUCCGCGCUAUCAAGAGAGUCUGAAGAUCCAUGGAAUCUGCUGUCGUCCCCAGGAAAAGCGGAGAACCCAUCUCCGACCAGUAUUUAUUGCUUGGUGAUCCGUGGAGAAAAUAAUCACUCUCAAUGGAUUCGCAAAACCAAACACUAAUUAUUAACAUUUAGCAAUAAAUGGAUUGUUCCACUA